UCACCUAAGGUUUUCCUAUGGAGUCAUCCCAAAAUGGUUUAGAUCUUUUUUGAUCGAGGCAGAUAACGUUAAAUGGACUUCUAAUUACCCCAUGUUUGAGAGCCUCUUCUGCAUAUUAGGCAGAGAUAAAUAACGCAUGUUGGGUGUUGCACAGCCUAGUGAAUUAUCUGACUACCGCCAUCCAGCUGUGAGGCUUCAAGUCCUGUGUUUUGUGAAUGUUCAGAAUCUUUCGAUUCAUAUCAGUACUAUGGGUAUCACAUAAACGAUCACAUGGCUCACGUCAUCGAAUAAUAAACUUCCUCCUGUGAAUCCGGUCCCGUGACUAUUGGCCUAGUAGUAGCGCUAGUCAAUGGUCUACAGCACCAAACCUGACGGCGUCGUCAAGGACUUCGUGCUGUCGAUCAAUAAUUGCGAUAAUCGGAAACUUAAAUCAACGUAUCGACCUUCAGCAAAGAAAAGCAGAUACUCCCCACUCAAAUCUUCAUCACCUCGAUCACUCUCAAAAGUAUCCACAUUUUUGCGAUCACUCGUCACCAUGGAUUCCAAACUUCCAGCAUACGAGGAUGAAGAUAGAUCAGCUCCUCCAUCAUAUCUCGACUCCUUAUCAUCAGCUUCUCCUGAAAAACCCCAGACAUCGGGAGCAUCAACAUCCAAAUCAACAUCCUACGGUUCCCAAAUCCAAUCCCAGCUCAACAAUCUCAGCACCCAAUUCAGUUCACUCCAAACACAAAAGUCUCUCCUCGCGCACGCCCAAGAAGAGAAAAUCCUCUCUCAUCUUACAACUCAAAUCCAGAUCUACCUAUCCGAAUUCGCAAACACUGGCGUAAGAAAAGGCACAUUGAUUUUGAUACCAGCGCAAUGUCUUCAGAACGAAAAAGCACAACCACUUGAUUUUGAUCAGGAGGAUAAGAGUGCAUAUAAUGUAUUUGUGGAGGUGGGGGAUAAAGAAAGUCUUAAUGGUGGGACAUGGUUCUGGGAAGAUGAGGAAAUGGCAGAACGAUUAGCUACGGCGUUGAAACCGCGUACGGAAUUACCUUCCAGGGAAACCGUUGCGCAAAAGGGUUCCAAUGCCGGAGUACUUAGCCAAGGAGUAAACAGAUUUUGGAAAAAGAAAUCGAGCACGAAAAAUGUGGAGGGACCUGUGUUGGUCGAGGAUAUGAAGGCUAGCUCAGCUGUUGUGGAGCCAAGGGACAAGGUACACAUGGAAGUCAACGCUGAUGAAGUUGUGUUUGAAUAUGAGAAUGAUUUUGGUCUUUUAGAGACUCAACGAGGAUAUGGUGUCGUACUUUCUUUUGAGAUUCUUACCACGAAUUAAUCGGUAGUUGUAAUUCAAAGCACAUUAUGGGUAUAAAGACUGUUCUUUAAGAACUGCUUGAAUAUGCCCCGAAUUUCUCCUUUCAUUCUAUGCGACGUCCUGAUAAUUUGCAUUGAACACCAAUAAAUAU